UGGAGCAAGAUGGCUGCGGAGCAGGGCGUGAGGGUCGUCGGGCCCCGGCCCGGAGGGGGACUGGGAAGGGUGAUUCGGGCCCUCGUGCUGCUUCUGUGUUUUGUGGCCCGCGGAGGCGCGCUUUACUUCCACAUCGGGGAGACCGAAAAGAAGUGCUUUAUUGAGGAGAUCCCGGACGAGACCAUGGUUAUAGGAAACUACCGGACGCAGCUGUAUGACAAGCAGCGGGAGGAGUACCAGCCGGCCACCCCCGGGCUCGGCAUGUUCGUGGAGGUGAAGGACCCAGAGGACAAGAACCUUCUGGCCCGUCAGUACGGCCCUCAGGGCAGCUUCACCUUCACCUCCCAGUCUCCAGGAGAGCACCAGAUCUGCCUCCACCUUGAGUCUAUCCGGUUCGCCCUCUUCUAUGAUGGCAAGCUGGCGAUUCACUUGGAUAUGCAGUUGGGUGAACGCAGCAACGAUUACGCGGAGUUUGCAGCCAAGGACAAGCUGACCCAGCUGCAUCUGCGUGUCCAGCAGCUUGUGGAGCAGGUGGAGUUGAUCCAGAAGGAGCAGGAAUACCAGAGGUGGCGAGAGGAGCGCUUCCGGCAGACCAGCGAGAGCACCAACCAGCGGGUGCUGUGGUGGUCCAUUCUGCAGACCUUCAUCCUCGUGGCCACAGGUGUCUGGCAGAUGCAGCACCUCAAGAGUUUCUUUAAAGCCAAGAAGCUGGUGUAG